UUCAAAUCCCAUUGUCCAUCUCUCACUCUCUCUAAAACUCUGAGUUUCUCUCUAACCUUUUCUCGCUUUAUACUGCUAGUUCUUUGAAAGAGAGAGUGAAAACAACAAGAAUGGCUUACUCUAGCGCUGUGUUGGUGUUGAUGUUCGCCAUGGUGGUCGGAUCUGUAUUCGCUCAGGCUCCGGGAGCAUCACCGGCGAAGUCUCCGGUAGCAUCGCCUCCGAAGGCGGUGGCGACUCCUUCUCCAACUCCGUCUCCAUCCACGAAGCCACCAACCACCGCUCCUACUUCCGCCCCUACCACCGCACCACCGACCUCUUCUCCAGUUGCUUCUCCCCCUGCUCCUCCCACCGCAGCUCCCUCCGGCGUUCCUCCUUCCACGAUCCCUGCCCCUGGCCAAUCUCCUUCGUCCACUCCUUCUAACACCGCCGCUUUGAACAGAGUCACUGUCGCCGGUUCCGUUGCGGUAGUUUUCUUUGCCGCGACGUUGUUGAUUUAGAUCUGAUCUGGAGUUACCUCGCUUCGCCAGAGUUGAACAUUUAUUGUUUAUUUAGUAGAUUUUAUAUGUUUAAUUUUAUUUUUUUCACUCGACUUUGCGAUGGCGGUUGAUACUGUUUGUUAUUUGAUAUUAAUGGAUUCUUUCGUAUUAUUUAUUUAUUCUUACGAAUUCUGGA